AUGAAGGUCUCCCUGCAAACCGCCAUUACCGCGGCAGCGCUUCUCUCGGCUGCCCAGCCAUGCUUAGCAUCUUCGCAACAUCGACACCACCACAUUGGUCGAAGGCAUAGCCAUAGUCACACGCGCCCUGACAAUGUCACGGAGGCAAUCGAGCUCAAGACAAAAGAGCUUAAGGCGCGUGGCCUUGACACGUGCAAGUUCCCCUCCGGAGAAGGCUUGGUCGCUGUGACCCCUUCCGGUGACAACGCUGGCUGGGCUAUGAGCCCUGAUCAGCCUUGCACUUGCGGCAGCUAUUGCCCAUAUGCUUGCCCUCCUGGUCAGGUCAUGGCCCAGUGGAAGGAUGGCUCGUCUUACGCGACGACUGAGAGAAUGGCGGGUGGUAUGUUCUGUGGUCUGGAUGGCAAGCCAGUCAAGCCGUUCACUGGCAAGUCUCUUUGCGUGGACGGCACUGGAACAGUAGAGGCUGUCAACAAAGUCGGCAAGGUUGUCUCUUUCUGCCAAACCGUGCUUCCUGGAAAUGAGGAUAUUCUCAUUCCAAAUGACGUUUCGGACACAUUGACUCUGGCCGUCCCCGAUCCAAGCUACUGGGACUCAACUGCUUCGCAUUUCUACAUCAACCCACCCGGAGUUGACUCUGAUAAAGGCUGCCAUUGGGGUGACUCGUCGCAGCCUAUCGGCAACUGGGCACCGUAUGUUGCGGGUGCAAACACUGACUCAGCUGGAUUGACCUAUACCAAACUUGGCCUGAACCCGAUCUGGCAAGGUAGCGAUCUUUUUGGCACCAAACCUACUUUUGGUCUCAAGAUCGAGUGUCCUAGUGGAGGUUGCAACGGCCUUCCAUGCGCCAUUGAUGGCAACGGGGUGACAAGUGAUCUCAAAGCUACAGGAGCUGGCGGUUCUGACUUCUGUGUUGUAACCGUGCCCAAGGGCGGAAAGGCCAACAUCGUUGUCUACAACUUGGAUGGCUCUUCUGCCAGCUCCACCUCCUCUGUUGCCAAAACCUCAACAACAUCAAAGGCCCAGCCCACAACUAGUUCUACCAGUUCUACCAGUUCGACCUCCUCAAAGCCGACAACUUCAAGCACGUCCUCGACUACUUCUACAUCCUCCUCUUCAUCGUCAUCGUUGCCAUCAUCGACUUCGACUUCUUCUUCGUCUUCAUUUUCGUCCGCAUCUUCAAAGCCUUUUUCGACUACAUCCUCUGCUUACAGCUCAACGAGCAGCUCAGCGAAGAUCACAUCGUCAAGUGUAUCAGCCUAUGGUCUCGGGGGUAUAUUCCAGCAGAAUGGAACGACCACGUCGUCCAUUUCUUUGACCAGUCCCGCGUCCACCGCCACUGCCCUUUCCGGCAGUACUGAUGGCUCUGGCGGAUCUUCCGUUGGAUCUGCUGUCCCAUCGGAAUCCUCUAAGAGCGAGAGUUCCGCGGCGCAAGGUAAUGGGGCCAUUGCUGGCCUUAUUGUCGCCAUCAUCGCCGCUGCUUGCAUACUGUGAAAUCAGUAUGGAAACUCAUGGUGACAAGCUUUACCCCUUUGCUGCACACGCAUUGGUCUUCAUGACCCAUUACUACAUCUUCCUCGGGCCGGGCCAAAAAUCUCGGCCUGCUAUUUUCUAUAUAUAUUUUCAGCCGCUGCCGGCUUUAGAGGUGUUCUCCGGUCCGGCGGCAGCUGCUCAUGACGGAUCAUAUCCUUAUUAUCUAUUGUUAAGUGUCUAUUACUCAUAUCUGGCUGCUUCACAGUUGCGCAGCCAUGGUUCUUCGAUAUUCUCCAUGAUCGGACUGACCGAUCCGGUUAUAUCUUUUUUUCUUCUUUUUUUUCGGUUCCAAAUCUAUACCCAGUUUUCAUCAUCAGCGCAGCAUGGCGGUUUGAAGAUUUGAAUUUAACGAGCGACUACAUAGCUGAGGAAGGGGUU